AUGUGUACCGCGGGACGCGCGGGAAAUGGCGAUUGGUCAUCUCCGCCAAACACUGUUCUCCGCAAUUCCACCAUCCACGACUUAUAUGGCUUCCCUGAUCCCAUGUACAAGCUGAAAUAUGAAGCACCUGGAGCUAUUGAAUUGGGGAAGAGGGUAAAAGAAUUGUUAAUGGGAGAAGGAGGAAUGAAACGUGUUGAUGAAGAUAAAAACAGAGGACUGGAUCAUGGAGCUUGGGUUCCUCUUAUGCUGAUGUAUCCAGAGGCGGACAUACCUGUUUGCCAGCUCUCUGUUCAAUCAUCUCAAAGUGGGACUUACCAUUACAACAUGGGCAAAGCAUUGGCUCCACUUAAAGACGAAGGUGUUCUUAUCAUUGGAUCAGGAAGUGCCACUCACAACUUGAGGAAGCUUGACUUUAAUAUAACUAAUGGCUCAGCUGUUCCUUGGGCUUUAGCGUUUGAUCAUUGGCUCAGAGAUUCUCUUCUUCAAGGAAGGGCAGCUGGGAAACAGGAGAGCAUAAGACAGACUGCUGGAUCAUGUUUGGUCCGUCCUGCUCGUUUUAACCAAAGAAAAAGACAGUUAUGUGCAACAAUGUCUUAAUGU